GAAGGAUUUCUCAAUCGUCAGCAUACAGUUGGUUGGUUAUCGAAACAUUCAGUCCGUCCGCCAGUGAGCAAGCAGCGCCGACCCCCCGGGGGGGAAUUGCAAAGAGACGCCAGCUGCGCCGAGAAGCUUCCACGGGACGAUGGUCUUGGCGCUUUGAUAGGCGGGCUGGCUGGCAUAGUCGGGCCGUCCGCAUUCCUCCACCACGAGCCCCGGCCGUGUAGGAUGCGGACAUCCGGGUCCUGGGCCAAGCCCGGGCGGGGUACAUUGGAUGCCCUCUGUCUACCUACCCCUCUGUGCGCUCUGGCCGCGCGCCACAAGGGACUUUUCAAAACAGGUACAUUGGCGGGCGUAUCAGCGAGGCCUCAGACAAGUCCAGACAUAUUUAAGUCGGUCCGCAUCCUGUGUACACGCACCUCGUUUACACUUGAAAUCAUCACACUCAGCCCCCUCGGCCUCAAUCCCAAAUAUCAAUAAUUCCCCUCCAGGUUUAGACACCAAAAUCAUCACCACCAUCAGACAAAAAUGGCCAACACCUUCCGCCACGCUCACUCGGAGCCCAUCAACCCGCCCGGCGCCGAGCCGGUCCUGACGCGGGAGCAGGUGUGGGCGGGCCUGCAGCGCAAGGUGCGGUCGCCGACCGAGUUCGUCCCGGCCAUCGAGUCGUGCCAGGUCGUGUCCGAGGAGGGCGACGUCGUGACCCGGAUCGUCCAGUUCAAGGCCAACUGGGGACCCAGCGGAAAGGUGACCGAGGUCUGCACCAGCUACCACCCGGCCCAGAUCCUAUUCGAAAUGGACUCUGGUGAUCGCGUAUCCAACAUCGUCAGCGCCGGGCCGUCGGGCGAGUCGACAGACAUGUUCCUCACAUAUGUUUUCGACCUGCAGAACCCCAAAGCUGACACGGAGGCCAACGCCAAGGUCGCCAAAGGCGCCGUGUCGGGCACCAUUGCCAAGUUCAGGGAGCUCGCCAAGGCCGGCCAGAUCUAGAUCUAGAAGAAGGUUUAGGUCGCUUGCUGGUCAAGGGGCACUUGUGUGGAUGCCGCGUGUAAAAUGCGAUUUGCGGCGGCAAAGUUCCAAUCUCGACCGGAUAGACUAGAACUCAGCAAAUGGCCACGUAAUUGAAGCAUACUCGACCGAAAGCUCAAAGUUUUGGUUUUUAUGGUGUGAAUUCAUAGUUUUAAGGCUGGUUUACCCAAAGAUGCCUCCGUCAUGGUUCGUAACACCAUUUCCCAUUCCUAA